AUGGCAUUCAGCUGUGAUUUGCGUGACACCUGGGGCUAUGUGCCACUUCAUGGGAAUAGUGGAGUUUUAAAUAAACUGAACUGGACUCUCUGUGGAAGGUUGCCCGGUGGCCUCGAUGCACGUAUUUCCUGCGGCGUCGGCAGCGGCUGCGUGGGGUCUCCCUGGUGGUGCAGCCGCCUGGUCAACUUGGCUGCAGCGAUCCUCACCUGUGGAGAAAGCCAACGAUGCACGGAAACAAUGUUUUGUAAUCCUGAAACUGCAGCUGUGCUGAAGCGCACUGUUGAGGCUCUUAUGGAGAGAGGAGCCGUUGUGAGGAACCUAGAAAACCUGGGAGAAAGAUCUCUACCUUACAAAAUCUCCAAGCACAAGGAGCGCCACAGAAGAGGAGGGUAUUUUUUGAUAGACUUAGAGGGCCCACCUUCGAUUGUAUCGACCAUGAUGGAUCAUUUAGGACGUGAUAUUGAUGUAAUUAGACGUGCUUUUAUAAAGCAUCCUGUAUCAAAGACAGAAGAAUGCAGUGGCAUAAUCCCAGUCAACUAUGAAGAUAAACUAAUUGCCAAGAAGAAGUGACUAUUCCAAAUAGCAUGUUUGAAACUUUUAAAAAAAUUUUUUAUUCCUGCUUUGGAAAACAAUUGUGGUAACUAAUGUCCAUCAAAAAUAAUGAGUUUUGGCCAUGUUAUGUGUGUGGUAUAGUACACUAUCUUAAGGUACUGUAAUAUUUGAGGCUUCUUUUUGUUUAAAAUAAUCUGAAUAGACUUAAUUUGUAUGCUUGUCUUGAUAUUUGACAACUCUGAAAAUUGAUUUCCUUUCCUCUUGGAGCAUUGCAUUGAUAAUGAAGAUUUAUCCAUCAUCAGAAUGCUAAAAAUAAUAUUCUUUUCUAAAGACAGAUUACUUCAGAACAUAUAUAUUUGCAUAAGAGACUAAGAACUCUACAGUGUAAAUAUAGCAGUAUAGGAUGUGAUUUGUUGGAGGGGGUUUUUUUGCUUGUUUUUA